CGAGCGGCGCAACCUGCUGAUGGCGCUGAGCUGUCGCAAGCGACUCGCCACCUCCAUACGCUAGUGCGGCGGGAUGGAAUGGGUGGCAGCGUUAUAGGCGCUAUCAUCAUAGGCGUCGUCGUUGCAAUCAUUGUGGUUGUUCUCCUCGUACUUUUCAUCAGGCGGAGAAGAAAGUUCAAAAAGACCAAAUACGAACGUGCUCAGGGAGACGAUACGAGGGAGGUGGCCAACUCCCGUGGCAUCAACGCAACGGCUACAUCGAGGACUGGACGAGCUGCACGAUCUAAUGGCCCUCCUCCCGCGUCAUCAAAUCGCAACAAUGCGGCUGCAAGCGGCAAUGUGGACCGCAACACGUCGGUUCGCUCGGUCAUGACUCUGCCCGCUUACCGCCAGGAUGCCGCACAAAACGAACAGGUCAUAGGGCGAGAAGGCGAAAGAGAUGGCAUCGAUGUCAUUGUCGACUUACCCACCGAAGAAGAGGUGGAGGCUCUGCGCGACGAAGAGAUGGAGUCCAUGUACCAGAUCCGGCUUGCGCGGCGGCAACUGAUUGACGAACAACAACAAAGGAGACUUGAGCGACAGGAAGCCCGAACACGAGGCGAUGUCGCAGCGCUGGCGGACAUCCGUUCUCGUACACGAGCUGCGAAUAACAGCACCGUCAUCGACGACCUCCGCCGCGAAAUGGAACGAGCCAAGGAGAAUCGAAACCUCUCCGUGUCCAGUGUAUCUUAUGCAGAUGUUGGACUGGCUCGCCAUGACGGUACAAGAAUCCGUGCCAACAGCACCGAAAGCGAGCGCGUUGGUCUUCUUUCGGAUGCCGGAACUAUUGCGGUGUCUGAUAAUCGGUUAUCCCAACAGCACAGCCGCGUGAUGAGCGAGAGCUCCGUCAUCAGCAUGGACAGCAACUUUCCCUCGCCGGCCUUGACCCGGUCUGCCGAAGCCCCAAGCGAAGCCAGGGCAGGGUCGAGCCCCGAGCUUGUGGAGGCGGAUUUGGGCGACGAAGCUAUGCCACCUCCGGGCUAUGAAGACGUUUCUCUCGUGGACGACGAUGAUUUCCAAGAUCGGUCAAUCCUGCCAACACAAGAACCACCGCCAGACUAUCCAGGCCACCAUCGAUCAGAGUCGCAAAGGAGCCGGCGGAACGAGACAUCGCCGUCUCUUGAGUCGGCCUCGAGCCAGAAUAGUUCGACAGAGCGCGACGAGCGACGCAUCAGCCGCGGCGUUGGCGGCAUACCUCAACUGCCCAGCCUGCGAAUCAGAGACCUUCCUCCAAUCACGGUUGAACCACCAAGCGCACGCCCGCCGGAACGUGAAGGCGCCGAAGAGGCUGAGCUAAGUCCAUUGUAAAAGAGGAAAAAAGUUAUACAUACAUGCUGCGAAGAAUCUUGGAUAUUUUUGCUCUUUUCUGUGUUUUACCCUUUUCUUUUCUCUUUUCUUUUCGUGUCUCUCUUUUAUGUGUUGAUCGAAUGAGCUAUGAUUUAUGGACAGCCUUUUUUUUUCACUUAUACUUAAUAUCCUGGAUUUGGAUGCGUGGGGAGUGCAAACGGAUAUGAAGCAAGCGCCAUGCUGUGUUCCCAUGCUGAGUUUGUUUGUUUGAGACGGGCGCUUCCUUUUUUUUCUCCCUUUCUUAUGUCCUACGUCUUCAUGGGCGGUGUUAUGGCGAGAAGGAGGAGGGACAGAGGAGGCUUUUUUGUAUAUAGAAUCAGAUCAGGGAUGAUGGAAGCUGUGGAUUUUGUAUGUGCGUGUGAAAUACUGCAAAGCAUAGGAAGCUUGUUCUUCAUUUAUAGCCUAUAUAGUACUUACGUCACUCUACUGGUUUACUCCCU